AUGUCGAUGCCGCUUGAGGGGCGAUCACAGCGAACGCAGAUGCUGGUCGAGGAAGUUUUGCGCCAUCUUGUCUUGUCGGGCAACACCAAGACCAGCAGACCGGACCGGCCCAACGAUAUCGCGGCCCACGGCCUACCAGGUUGCGACUGCCUCAAGACGGCAACUGGUCUCCGAUCCAACAACAUGGAAACCUUCAAGUUCCCGGAAUAUCCAGAUGGGCGCCACUGUCGGUAUCAAAGCGACGUUCUGAUGCUGAUGCCCCCGGCAUUAUCUGACAGAAAACUCCUUCUUCGCUGA